AUGGCCAUCCCCUUCCACCCGCCUUUCGUCACAUCCAAUACUAACUCAUCUUUGCCCAGCCACCUCUUAGGCAAGAAAUCAUGGAACGUCUACAACACAGACAACAUAGCACGUGUGCGCCGCGACGAAGCCGCCGCCCAAGCGCGUGAGGAGGCUGAAGAGCAGCGCCAACAAGAACUCGAUGCCGAACAACGACUCGCCAUCCUACGUGGGGAGGUGCCACUACCUUUGUCGGCACCCUCAACUGAAGAACCACUGCCUACUUUGAAAGGGCGCCAUCACGAACGAGAUUCCACGGCGACAUGGGGAAAAGAGCGCAAGAAGCGCAAGCGCGCCGACGAGGACGACACCGAUUUCGAGCUCCGCGUUGCGCGCGAGCGGAUUGGCGGUACUGAUACUGUUGCUGCAAGAGACCGGAAUGCGACUACGGACGACCACAUGGCGCUGCAGCUACAGAAGCGCACAACGACCAGCAAUGCACCCCUUACCAACGCCGCAGGGCAUAUCGACCUCUUCCCCCAAGACCUCCCCUCCCAGCCUUCGGAAAAGAACGCCGAAGCCGAGAAAGAAGCCGCCAAGAAGAAACGCGAGUUCCAAGACCAAUACCAGAUGCGCUUCUCCAACGCCGCUGGCAAAAAUCGAGUCUUGUCCAAGGCUGGGGCCGGGGCGUGGUACACGAAUAGCGGUGAUAUACAGAGUCAGGAAGUACCCUCGAAAGACGUGUGGGGAAACGAGGAUCCACGGCGAAGAGAGAGAGAGGCGCAGCGGGUGGUGUCGAGCGACCCUCUUGCCAUGAUGAAGAGGGGUGCGGCGAAGGUGCGCGAGGUGGAGAGGGAGAGGAGGGUGGUGAAUGAGGAGAAGGAGAGGGAGCUGAGAUUGCUGCGGAAGGAGAAGAAGGCGAAGAGGAGAAAGGGGGACGGGGAUGAGUUGGAGGGGUUCAGCCUGGAUGAUUCGGUUGUGCGCUCUUCAGGGGCGAAACCCCGACGGGUAGAUGAAGAGCGUGAUCGAGAGAGAAGGCAUAGGCACCAUGACGACGGGGGUCGACAUAGGCAUCGGUCAGAGCAUCGCCAUCGGCAUGAGGGUCGACAUCACGGCUCUCGAAGGGAUCAUGAGAGUAAGGACAGGCAUUCGGACGGGAAAAUGCGCCGAGAAUCGGCAAAAACGGAUCAUGAUUAG